UUGUAGAUUCCAUUUUGUCGAAAUUUAGAAGGAGUCAGUAGGGAGAGGUGUAGGUUAUAUACGGCCACGUCUAACACCACAAAAGCUUCUGGGGUGACGGAUUUGUAGGAAGUAUAGUUUGCUGUGCUUUCUACGAAAUCCACAGGGUGAUUGUAGAGGCUAAUACUCUUCUGACGAAAGGCUUAAACAACCAAGCCUGAAGAAGUCGGUCUUCGACUUCUUGGAACAUCGUGCGCCGAGGUGAAUUGAUGUUCAGCUGGGCUCCGCGAGAAAACAACGCUCAUCGGCACAUGAAAACCUCAUACUUUUCUGGACACAAAAGUGCUGCAAAAAGUAGACAGAAAACUAUUUCGAGGACCUGGGGCCCGAUAGGAGGCGAAAGAUUAAAGAGAGAUUCCUGCUUUGCCAACUUUCUGACAACAAAGAGGUGACACGUAGUGCAAAAGCAAUAUGGGAGGUGGAGAGCGGUACAACAUUCCAGUUUCCCACCCUCAGUGUCCUUUGGCCAAGAAGAACCAUCAGCUUGGCCGGGCUAAGCAGAGAAGCCGUGACCACAAUGUAACAGCAGCAUCUACAGGAGGGGCAGGGGGCCUUCACCAUCAUGGCCACCGCCGGAGCGACAAAGGCGCAGCCUACCACAGGUCUCCAGAGUCGCGGCAGGCCGCGUCUGCAGAGAAGAAUGCUUCUGUCCGUUUUGCCACCAGCUAUGAUCAGACCUGGGAGGGCGCAGUGUCUCACCUCAACACAAUCCUGGCCACCCAAGGAAGUCCGAGCUAUGCGGGGCCUAAGUUCAGUGAGCCACCCUCACCCAGUGUGUUGCCCAAACCCCCCAGCCACUGGGUGUCCUUCCCAAUGGGCUCCUGUGACAACAAGGAGAUGAUGGCCUUCCAGCUCAAGAGCCUUCUCAAGGUGCAGGCCUGAGGGGGGGCACCCACACUCAAUCAAAAAAAA